CGGGCACGUGACACUCGACCAUCGCCAAGGAGGCCGCUGCUGGUGGCUACACCGGUGUCUCCUGGGCAGUCGGCUUCCUCCGGGAAGCCCGCUUGGAUUGAAGGAGACGAGGCACAAUUCGGAGGUGGUCAUCACACAUCCUGGGGCAUGCUGAAAUAAGUGGACCCUAAUGAUGUAUAAACAGGCCCAGCGAGCACUGGCUGGGCACGCAGCAUGGCAGAAAAUCGAGAGCCACGCGGGGCCGUCGAGGCUGACCUGGACCCUGUGGAGUACACGCUUCGGAAGCGGCUUCCCCACCGCCUGCCCCGUAGGCCCAAUGACAUUUAUGUCAACAUGAAGACUGACUUUAAGGCCCAGCUGGCUCGCUGCCAGAAGCUGCUGGACGGAGGACCACGGGGUCAGAACGCAUGCACUGAGAUCUAUAUUCAUGGCCUGGGUCUCGCCAUCAACCGUGCCAUCAACAUUGCCCUGCAGUUGCAGGCGGGCAGUUUCGGGUCCUUGCAGGUGGCUGCCAAUACCUCCACUGUGGAGCUUGUUGAUGAGCUGGAGCCAGAGACUGAUACAAGAGAGCCGCUGACCCGCAUCCGCAACAACUCAGCCAUCCACAUCCGUGUCUUCAGGGUGACACCCAAGUAAUUGAAGUUAGAUCCACCUGCCUUUGCCGCCUCCCCAACCCCCCUUACCC